AUGGCGGGUUGGCUGCUCCGGCGCGCGGCCGAGCUUCGCCGCGACUUCACAUGGCGCGAGGCUGGGGGCUCGCUCGGCGACCUGGGCACCUUCAUCCCCUUACUGGUCGGCCUCACCGCGGAGUGCGGCCUGGACGUCGGCACCACCUUGGUGUUCACCGGAUUGUACAACCUCGCCACCGCGCUCGCGUUUGACGUUCCGAUGCCGCUGCAACCGAUGAAGACCAUCGCGGCCGUGGCAAUGAUGGACCCGCCGAUGGACGUGCCGCAGAUCGUCGCCGCGGGCGGGUUCGUGGCGCUCGUCGUCCUCGUCCUCGGAUGCACCGGGCUCAUGGAACGAUUCAACGCGGUGACCCCGUUCGGAGUGGUGCGAGGGAUGCAGCUCGGGCUCGGCAUGCUCCUGUGCGCCAAGGGGUGGACACUCGCGGUGUGGACGGACGGAACCAGGCAGUCGAUGCGGGGGUUGUGGGGACCCGACGGCAUGGCGCUGGGCGCGCUCGCGCUCGCAUUUGUCCUCGCAUUCGCGGCGCCGACGAAGACAGCUGUGGCGGCACGGGAGGUCAUCGGCGACGGCGCCGGGAUCGACGCGGAUAGAACGCACACGCGCGCUCGGGGGGCAGGAUCGAGCGACGCCCGCGUCGCCCUCGUCCUCGUCGUGGUCGGCGCGGUCAUCGCGGCGUGUCGCCCCGGGAGCCUCGCGUCGCUUCGCGCGGGACCAUCGACGCCUACGCCGGCGAUUCCAUCCGCAACAGACGUCGCGACGGGCGUCCUCCGCGCGGGCCUGCCCCAGCUGCCGCUGACGACGCUCAACUCCGUCGUCGCGACGUGCGCGCUCGCCAAGGACCUGUUCCCGGACAAGCCGGAGGUGCGACCCACGGGCGUCGCGGUGAGCGUCGGCGCGAUGAACCUCUGCGGGCUCGGGCUCGGCGCGAUGCCGUGUUGCCACGGCGCCGGCGGGCUCGCCGCGCACUACCGCUUCGGAGCGAGAACGGGCGCCGCGACGGCGUUCCUGGGCGCCGGCAAGCUGUUCCUGGGCGUCGCGUUCGGCGGGUCGCUGCUGACGCUGCUGGGUAAGUUCCCGGCGCCGCUGCUCGGGGUGUUGCUCGCGGCGGCGUCCGCGGAGCUGAUUCGAGCCGGGCUGGACGGCGCGGGGGAAAUCGGGGGCUAUACAGGGGUGGAUUCGUGGUACGACCCGGGCUGGACGGAUCGGUACGCCUUGAUAGUCACCGCGGCGACGACGGUGGGUAGCGGGAGCACCGGCCUCGGCGCGCUCUUCGGGUUCGCGACGCACGCGCUCGGGACGGCGCGGCGAAGGCUUCUCGACACAGCUGGCGGCGAGGACUUGGUGGACGGGAGGGAAUACCGCGAGGUGGAGAUGGAGCGAGGGGGAUGA